GACGAUCCCUCUUAUCCAAUCAUACUGCUCAGCUCUUGUCCGACAAACAGGCGGCAGCAGCAAGUGUAUGCACCCCGGACGACUGGCAUAUGGCAUCGCCGUUACGGGUAGUGUCGCCUGCAGCUGUUAACGGGGCUGAUGCAGAUCUUGACAAUGAGGCACCCUUGACGAUUCGAUCAUCCGACCUCAUUGCCUCACUGGAUGAGUACGACGGCGAUGUAGUGGGAUGGAUCAACGACUUGCUAGAUGGGCCCGCUCAAGCGGAUGGUGCCCAAAAGGCUUCACCGCUACCGCUGUCGGAGGUCGACAAACGUGUCAAUCAGCUCUCACGAAGGCUCGAGAUCACAUCUCAAGAUACCGCCGUGCAACUGGAGAGGAGCAUCGACGAUAUCACUCGUGCAGUACCUCGAUUGACAUACGAUCUGCAAUUCAUGCGGGAGAGCGCCAUCUCCCUUCGACUGUCCCUCGAGACGUUGCAGACGCGGUCGAAUUUGCAAAUAGCAGGCACACAAACAGAGGAAACGACGAAGGCGCUGGAGGUACUUCAGUAUUUGGACACUGUGAAGACUCGGAUGGAGGCGUCUUUGGAGGUCCUGCGUGAGGCUGAAAGCUGGAGCACACUUGAGUCGGAGGUGACUGCUCUGAUCGCAGAGCAGCAGUACGACCGAGCAUCCGACAGGCUGGCCGAAGCUAACAAGUCGAUGCCACUCUUCCAGAACACGCCAGAGUACGAAAGCCGGCGAGCGCUCAUGGUUUCCCUGCAGAACCAGCUGGAAGCUUCGCUCAGUUCAGCCCUCGUCGCUGCCAUCAACAGCCGUGACACGCACGCCUGCAAGACCUUCUAUUCUAUCUUCACCCGUAUCCAGCGUGAGUCAGAAUUCCGCAAUUAUUACUAUGGCUCGAGAAGAUCCAACCUCGUCUCGAUGUGGCAACGUACUCCAUUGUCGGACUGUGCGGAAGAGACUGUCGUACUGGACGCUGCUGGCCUAGAUAUCACUCCCCAGCAGACUGCAGCACCCAUAAAGUUCUCCCAGUUCCUCUCGCGCUUCUUUACUGAAUUCCUCAUUAUCCUUAAUGAAGAACGAACGUAUAUCCCGGCAAUAUUCCCUGAUCCCCAAUAUACUCUGUCUGCCUUCAUCCAAUCUCUGUUCGACGCUCUAAACCCCUCUCUGCCUCAGCGACUGUCGGCUAUCUCCGAAUUCUACGGUGCGAAGGCAUUGCCGGAGUUGAUUGAGACCUUUCGAUCAACCGAGUCUCUCGCAGUGGAGAUAGAGAAGAUCAUGGAGAAAGUUGGCAACUCCGCCUUCUUCGCAGGUACCGGUGACGAGCACCAUCGACCACCACUGAGCGGCGCUCAAAAGCGAUCGUCCAAGCGGAUGUCGAUUUCUCGCCGGAUGGGGCCUGGUCGUGCAUCAAUCAGUCUUCUGCCAGGCCAGAUUCCGUCGAGCAUCGCUCCAUGGGAGCAGUCACUGUUUGAGCCCUUCACGGAAUUCCAGAACGAGUACGGCACCCUGGAGAGGGCUUUCCUCGAGAAUAACUAUCGCGCGGCUUCAAAACGAGCACGAGCGGCAGCCACUGAAGGAGACAAACCCGUCGAUAUGGCACGAUUAGUACGUGCUCAGUCAGCAGAAGUUUUCAGCCUGGCGGAAGACGCCAUGUCCAGAUGUAUGAUCCUUACCCAUGGAUACGGUGGCGCUGCGCUCGUGACAGUACUUGACUAUCUAUUCGGGUUAUUCCUCGACGGGUGUCGGUCCAAUGUCACUGCUUUGCGAAAACCUCCAACAGGUGUCCCAACGCCCCAGCUGGGAACAGAGCCCCCGGAUAUCGAUUACACCACCGAAGACUGGAACGUUUUCCAACUUGGUCUUCACCUUCUCGAGACUUGCCGAGCCAUCAAGGAACGGCUGAAUGUGUUGGAAAAUCGACUGCGGAAUAGUAUGGGUCAGAUCAGCACCGCACUUCGAUUGGCACGUGUUGAUCCGGCAUCUCACCCUCUGCCCGGAACGACGAGUGGAGAGGCCCUUAUCCUCGCCCAGUCCGGACUCAACUCCUUGUCACUGCAAGGACUACUGGAUCUCCUUGAAAAACCUGCCGCAUCUCGACCACACGUGCUUGAUGGGGCGAACUCAGCUAUUGUUGCCCUUACCAAGAGCUGUCAAACACUUUUGCAGAACAUCAUCCUGUUACCGCUUCAUGCCCAUCUUGUUGGCUAUCCAUUCCUACCAGUUUGGGCAGCCACGAAGGAUCAACGCAACAAGGGCGCCUUUGAUCUGAACAUCCCUACUUUCUCACUAUCCCCCACACCGAUCAUAGCCCGCGUUGCUGAAGGCUUGCUGAACUUGCCUCGCUUAUUCGAGGUGUAUGCCGACGACGACGCACUUGCUUUCUCGAUCGAGACCUUACCGUUCGUAGAUGCGGAGUCUUUGAACGCCCUCGGUCAAGAUGAUCAAAUUGGAGAACCACUGAGCCGGGUACCCUCUCAUCUUUCUGGCACAGCACCACCGAGCGAAGCACCCACCCAGACGCAGGCACCCAUAGUCCUAAGUGCUGAAAUCGUGUCCUCGACUUGGCUCAGCUCGCUCGCACUAUCACUUGUAGCACAUCUGACAGCCGAUAUCCUUCCCACAAUCGUUUUGUUGUCGUCGGCUGGUGCUGCACAACUGGCGUCCGACCUGUCAUACCUGUCUAACAUCGUACGAGCGCUGAAUGUCGAAUGGGAUGAUUUGGAAAGGUGGAAGGAACUAUCAGAGUUGUCCGAUGACGAAGGCAAAGAGAGGUUGGGGCUAGCUCCACUGGAGGAGCAAGAUGCACCAAUGAAAAGCAUCGCAAAGAUGCGUCGCUGGACUUCUUGAAAUAGAUGUACAAUAGCUCAUCAUUCGAUGAUAGUACUAUCUCCUACACAUCGCAUAGUCACUAAUACAACUCCGGAACAGUAAUAAUUAUCGCCCGUAAGGAUGGUAAUUGUGCUGACCCCGACCACCUUGUCGCAUCGGUCCAACACCGCCUUGCGCACCCGGUGGGCCACCAGCCCGCAUCGCUGCAGGUCCUCGAGGAGCAUUCGGAAUGUUGCCCCCGGUAGUUCCAGGCAGUUUUUGCGCACCGGUAUUUACAGGGCUCUGAGUUGGAGCGGGACCAGGACCUCCAGAGCCUGUGGGGCUCAUCACUUCUUGUGCUUGAGCGGCACCCAUUGGUCCACCACCCAUGCCCAUACCUAUUCCAGGUGCUCCUGCCCCACGGCCCGCACCAGCACCCGCACCCAUCUGCCCCAUCCCCAUCCCGCCCAUCCCAGGAAUCCCGC